UGUCCUUGCCACCUACUUCCGCCCAUCUCCAAAGAUUGAACAGUCUUCGAUUGUUUAUGUUACCAGCUCAGUAAUUUGACAUGUAUUCUCAGGUUGUGUGUUUGGCUGUUUGCGAUGUUCCGAAGGAGUGACGGCAGGAGGGACGGCCGUUACUUUAAACAUGACUUCUGAGUAACACUGCUACUGUCUCUACUCACGAUGAACAGCGAGGAGGAGUUCUACGACGCCGAGACAGGGCUUGAGUCAGAUGAUUCCUUGGAAGUGAGUUUCAAGGAUGCCCUGGUGUUUGACAGCAGUGAUCAGGUGACUGAUGGCUCUGCUGCAGAGCCGAAUGCAGUGUGGCAGCGUAGGAAAACCUUGCCUGCUGAAAUGAUUACCAGAAACAAUUUCAGCGUGACAAGCAUACUGAAGAAAUGUAUCGGCAUGGAGCUGUCCAAAAUAGCCAUGCCUGUUGUGUUUAAUGAGCCACUGAGCUUCCUUCAGAGAAUCUCUGAGUACAUGGAACACACACACCUCAUCCGCAAAGCCUGUGGUUUGUCCAACUCUAUAGACCGUAUGCAGAUUGUUGCUGCCUUUGCUGUUUCAGCAGUAGCAUCUCAAUGGGAAAGGACUGGAAAACCAUUUAAUCCUUUACUGGGGGAGACUUUUGAACUCGUAAGAGAGGACGAUGGCUACAGAUUGAUCUCAGAGCAGGUGAGCCACCAUCCGCCCAUUAGUGCCUUUCACGCAGAGUCUCUGAAGCAAGAGUUUGCUUUUCAUGGAUCCAUUUACCCAAAACUCAAGUUCUGGGGCAAAAGUGUUGAGGCCGAGCCCAAAGGCACCAUGACGCUGGAGUUACCGAAACAUAAAGAAGCAUACACAUGGACAAACCCAAUGUGCUGUGUACAUAACGUCAUCUUAGGAAAGCUUUGGAUCGAGCAAUACGGGACAGUAGAGAUUGUAAACCACAGCACGGGAGAUAAGUGUGUGUUGAACUUCAAACCAUGUGGCAUGUUUGGGAAAGAGCUGCACAAAGUGGAAGGUCACAUACAAGAUAGCAGUAAGAAGAAACGGAGUGUGAUUUACGGAAAGUGGACCGAGUGCAUGUACAGCGUGGACCCCAAGGUUUAUGAAGCACACAAGUCUGACAAGAAGGCGGGAGCAGACUCAAAGAAGCUGAGACAGGAACAUAGUUGUGAAGAUGAGAAUGCAGUUCUAGAGACUGUUACUGUUAUACCAGGAAGUGCCUUACUGUGGAGGAUAUCACCACGACCUGCUCACUCAGUACAGAUGUAUAGCUUUACCAGCUUUGCCAUGACACUAAACGAGCUGGAGCCUGGCAUGGAGCAACUGUUGGCACCAACUGACUGUCGGCAAAGGCCCGACAUCCGAGCCAUGGAGAACGGAGACAUAGACACAGCAAGUGCAGAGAAAGAGCGUCUUGAGGAGAAGCAGAGGGUUGCACGUAGAGAGCGAUCCAGGGACGAAGAGGAGUGGUCAACCAGGUGGUUCCAGCUGGGAACAAACCCUCACACAGGAGCAGAGGACUGGCUGUACAAGGGCGGAUACUUUGACAGGAACUACGCGGACUGUCCCAACAUUUACUGACAUAGGAAGAUAUUCUCACUUUAUUUCUUUUGGCACCUCUUGAUGGUAGCUUUUGAAGAGAAGAUCAUCAUGUCAGCAACUGUGAAUGCCGUCCACAGGAAAGGUUCGAGUAAGUUUACUUACUGUAGAUGUUUAUCAUACGCCCACUACCCUCACCUUUUUGUAUGCUCAACUUGUGUUGCUGAUGAUAACAGUAGUCCACAUAGAGGAAAUGUUACACACCUUUAAAGGGAUUGAAACCACACAAAGCCCCUACUUCUGUUUUAGUUCAGGUACUAAUCUAUAAUGUUACUUGUCGACACACCUCGCAUGUGUAUUGAGUUGCGUUCAAAUAUCAGGGGUUAAGUAAACACAUGCGCUACUUUUCUAUAAACUAAGAGCAUUAAAAGCGUAUUUUAGUCCACUCUAAACACAUCAAGUUUUUCUGUCAGUUGUAGGAAACAGAAAAGAAAGCUGCUUAUGCUCAAGUUUACUUGCACAAGAAAUUAUGUUGUCGGUGCAUUUUAUUGUUUUCCUCGGUAUCUCAGAUAAGGUGUAGAAUAUUUGGUGGAUGUAUCGUCAUCAAGCUGGUCUUUUACACCUGUUAAAGCCAUACAAUGUUUUCUGCACUGAGGUAAAAAAAAUACUGUAAAUGUAUUCCCAUAGUACUUCAAAGCAAAGGGAGUCUGAGCAUUUUAAGUUGAACAGAAAGCUGUGACUUUUUUUGCCUUUAAUCUUCAAACAAGAACCGUUAAUUCCGACAUGGGAGAGAAGAUUUGUCUUUUUCUUCCGACAACAAAGCCCUGUGUUCAGAGCAGCGUCCAGACCUAUGCAAAGUGAUCUAUCCAGUCUACCCUCGUGAAAUGUGAAAAAUGUAAACUCACUUAAUUCCUGUUGCGCUUACAGUCGACGUGUGAUUGCGGACUACAGUCAUCACCGAAUGAGCAUUUAUGUAAUGUGAUGCAUUAUGUGUUCCUUUUGUUGCUGAGCACUAACCUUGCAUAAAACUGCACAGUAGAAACCUCACUGUCCUAUGCACAUAUAUAAUGAAGCAUCAUCCUACAUGCUCCCAGAUGCUUACUUGAGUUCCAAGCACUUUCAACCCUGCAGACAUUAAAGGUGCAGGAUUCCUAUGUUAAUGAGUCAAUUAUCUAUUUGAGAAUGUUUAUAUUGUCUGUUCAGUGCUCAUCCCUCUUCAGCGAGUUACAUCCAUGUAGAAAGCAGGUCUACUUAAAAAUACAAUAAAAUAUGGGCUAUUAAAACUUGUUUGAUUUGUCU